CACCCCCAAAACCCUAGCCAUUUCUGCAAUACUUGUUCAAGAGAGGCGGAGCGCAGCGACUCGCAGAAAGAAUGGCGGCUCCCGGCGACGUUGUGAAGGCUGGUACUGUGAAGGAUGUCUCACCCCACGAGUUCGUGAAGGCAUAUGCCGCUCACCUGAAGCGAUCUGGCAAGAUUGAGUUGCCCCCCUGGACUGAUAUUGUUAAGACUGGUAAAUUGAAGGAGCUUGCCCCUUAUGAUCCCGACUGGUAUUACAUCAGAGCUGCCUCGAUGGCAAGAAAGGUGUACCUGAGGGGAGGCCUUGGUGUUGGUGCUUUCCGAAGAAUUUAUGGCGGAAGCAAAAGGAAUGGAAGCCGUCCUCCCCACUUCUGCAAAAGCAGUGGUGCUGUUGCCCGUCACAUUCUUCAACAACUGGAGAAGUUGAACCUUGUUGCAAUUGAGCCCACUGGUGGAAGGAAAAUCACUUCAAGUGGCCAGAGGGAUCUUGACCAGGUUGCUGGUCGGAUUAUCGUUGCACCUUGAGGAGUGAAGAACAUUGCGAGGCAGGCUUAUCACACAGCGAGAUUGCUGUGCUUAAUUUUGCUUGUUAGACUUUAGUUCCAAGCCUACUGUUUUUCUGGAAAAAUGUGCACCGAAGUUACGAAUGGAUGAUGAGAUAUUAGAUCUUGACCAAAUUUCUGGUUUUAUGUAAUGCUGAGUUUUGUGUUCUUCAGAGUUCAUUUUGU